AGGGAGUGUAUUUCUGUCCACAUUGGCCAGGCUGGUGUCCAGAUAGGCAAUUCCUGUUGGGAACUGUAUUGCUUGGAGCAUGGGAUUGAGCCAGAUGGCAUCAUCUCCUCCAGUGCAUCCUCAGAGCAAACAGACUCUUCUUUUGGGACUUUCUUCAGUGAGACAAGAUCAGGGAAGUAUGUGCCUAGAGCCAUGUUUGUUGACCUGGAGCCCACUGUCAUUGGCGAGAUCAGGACUGGGACCUACCGCACACUCUUCCACCCGGAGCAGCUCAUCAGUGGCAAAGAAGAUGCUGCCAACAACUAUGCUCGGGGCCACUACACCAUUGGGAAGGAGAUCAUUGACUCGGUUGUUGACAGAACUCGUAAAAUGACUGAGCAGUGCAGUGGGCUCCAA